CGACGUUGCGUCACAAGCGCGAAUGUUGUUGGGCUGGCGAUUUCGCGGCGGCGAUGGCGACGAAGACUCGGCGCUGGAAGAGGACGCACUGAGGCUGGCUUCAGCUCGGAUAUGACUAAUUCCCGUUUGUUUGAGAGCAGUUUCCUUUUGAGUUUUUGCAUGGGCUUCGGGUGAAUCGCGAGCUUCUGACCACUUCGCUCCUUUCACGGAUUUUCAUGUCCUGCUUGUGAGAUUUUCCCUACUGGAUCAACAGGAGUAACACCGUCCACCGCUGAUACUCUGCAGCCGAUUUGAGUCGGAGCUCCUUGUUGGCUGACCCACACUCCUUCAGCGGGGCCAUGGAGGAGCAGGUCCAGCAGAGCUUGGAGUGCAUCCAGGCCAAUCAGAUCUUCCCCAAGAAGUCCCCCAUUCUGGAGGAGGAAGACAUGCAGGUGCCCUUUCCCGAGCUGCAUGGGGAGUUCACAGAGUAUGUGGGGAGAGCAGAGGACGCCAUCAUUGCAAUGUCCAAUUAUCGCCUCCACAUCAAGUUCAAAGAGUCUGUUGUUAAUAGUUGUUGUUGUGAGGUGUCAGUCCCUCUGCAGCUGGUUGAGUGUGUGGAGUGUCGGGAUAUGUUCCAGCUUCAUGUCACCUGCAAGGACUGUAAAGUUGUCAGAUGCCAGUUCUCCACCUUUGAGCAGUGUCAGGAAUGGCUGAAACGUCUGGGUGUUGUCGUGCGCCCUCCCUCUCGCCUGGAGGACCUCUUCUCCUUUGCUUUCCACGCCUGGUGCAUGGAGGUGUACGCAGGAGAGAAGGAGCAGCACGGCGAGCUGUGCAGGCCAGGAGAACACGUGACCUCGUGGUUCAAAAACGAGAUGGAGAGGAUGGGCUUCGACACUCAGAAUGCCUGGAGGAUAUCGGACAUCAACAGCAAGUUCAGGCUCUGCCCCAGCUACCCUCAGCAGCUCCUGGUGCCAGCCUGGAUCACUGACAAGGAGCUGGAAAACGUGGCCGCCUUCCGCUCCUGGAAGAGGUUUCCUGCUGUGGUUUAUAGACACCAGAGCACAGGAGCUGUGAUCGCCCGCUGUGGCCAGCCAGAAGUCAGCUGGUGGGGCUGGAGGAAUGCUGAUGAUGAGCACCUGGUUCAGUCCAUCGCCAAGGCCUGUGCCGUGGACAGCAGCUCCCGCAAGCACCUUCUGAACGGGAGCUACAGCAACGGGGCAGACCUGCCUGAUACUGACUUUGAAUCGUCCAUGACCAACAGCUCAGAGGUGGAAACUCUAGCCACGCAGCCCCACAAGCUACUGAUCCUGGAUGCCAGGUCGUAUGCUGCAGCAGUAGCUAACAGGGCAAAGGGCGGUGGCUGUGAGUGCCCAGAGUACUACCCCAACUGUGAGGUGGUGUUCAUGGGAAUGGCCAACAUCCACUCCAUUCGCAAGAGUUUCCAGUCUCUACGCUUCCUCUGCACCCAGAUGCCCGAUCCAGCCAACUGGCUCUCAGCCCUGGAGAGCACCAAGUGGCUGCAGCAUCUGUCCCUGCUGCUGAAGGCGGCCCUGCUAGUGGUGAACGCGGUGGACCGAGACCGCAGACCGGUUCUGGUGCACUGCUCCGAUGGCUGGGACCGCACACCUCAGAUCGUGGCUCUGUCCAAGCUGCUUUUGGACCCCUACUACCGCACCAUCGAGGGCUUCCAGGUUUUGGUGGAGACAGACUGGCUGGACUUUGGCCACAAGUUUGCUGAUCGCUGUGGUCACGGAGAAAACUCUGAGGACCUGAAUGAGCGCUGCCCGGUCUUCCUGCAGUGGCUGGACUGUGUUCAUCAGCUGCAGAGGCAGUUCCCGUGCUCCUUUGAGUUCAACGAGGCCUUCCUGGUGAAGCUGGUGCAGCACACAUACUCCUGCCUGUUCGGCACCUUUCUGUGUAACAGCGGUAAGGAGAGGGAGGAUCGUCAUGUCCAGGAGAGGACCUGCUCCGUCUGGUCUCAGCUCAGACCAGCCAACCGAACGCUGAGGAACAUGCUGUACUCCUCCCACUCCGAGUCCGUCCUCCACCCCGUGUGUCACGUACGAAACCUGAUGCUUUGGACAGCAGUGUACCUGCCCAGCUCCUCCCCCACCACCCCCUCCGAUGACUCCUGCGCCCCCUAUCCCGUGCCCAGAGUCAACCCAGAGGAUGCGCCCCUGGGCAGACGUACCAAAACUCGCUCUUUUGACAACUUGCCCAGUGCAUGUGAGCUGGGAAGCUCGCUGGCUCCCAACCGCCGCUCCAGUGACCCGAGCCUCAACGAGAAGUGGCAGGACCACCGACGCUCUCUGGAGCUCAACAUGGCCAUGGGGCCUGAAGGUGGGGGGGAUCAGGAUCAGAACAGAGAGGGUCUUUUUCCAGACGGAGCAGACUCUGAGCUGGACGACAGCCUGCUGUCCCAGGAAUCCCAGGCUGCACUUCCACGGGAAGCCUGUGUGGACCCAGGAGAAGAGGAGACAGAGGAGGCGGAGCUCUCUGUGGCUAUGAGUGUGGUCGAGGGCCAAAUGGAGAAUAUUCUUCAGGAAGCCACAAAGGAGGAGGGAGGAGCUGACACACAGACAGAGAGAGGUGCUGCUGACACAGACGUGAAGGAAGCUAAACACGACGAGCAGCAUCAGAUUAGGGUUAGGGCUGAGAUGCACCCAGAAACAUUUUCCAGUGGUUACCAUGGAGAAAAUGGCAUCGUGAAGGCAGAGGAGGACAGUGACUCUGUCCCCCAGCCUGCCCAGAAACAGGAGGGUCUGGAUCAACAGGCAGCUGAGGUGGCUCCCUCUCCAGAAGAAAUGCUGAAGCAGAAGUCCUCUGUUCAGGAGGAAGUAGCAGAAGACGCCUGCCAGUCCAGCUCAGGUGAGUCUGAGCAGCUGGAGGCCCACAGAACUUUAACCGACGGCUUUGUGGACAAGUCCCCUGAGGAGUGGGACAUGGACGAGGACGGCUGUCUCCCUGAAUCCCAGCAUGCUGUCUCUGAGCCAGCAGAGCAGGUCGAUAAGAAGUCCUCUCUGAUGGAGAGCUCAACAGAGACUUUAACUGAAGAAGCCUGCAGCAGAUCGGAUCCUCCAGCUCAGCAGAGCGUUUGUCUGAACCAUCAGCCCUGCAUGGAUGGCAAGAGCCAAGCGCCCUGCUUCAGGAAGGAGAAGGGGGUGGAGACAGGUGAGCACAGCUUCAGCAGAACUUUAAACGGGGGAAGCAAGCAGCCCUUCAUCAGUGCCUUUCAGUCUGUGAGUGCUGAGCUCAGCAGGGAAGGGCUGUGCAAUGGAGACGGCUCCGAUAGAGACCCGUGCGUAGGAGCUCACUGGCACAAAGGGGAGCGGGCCCCUCUGAGUCGACAGGUGUCCCUGGCAAGCUGCAACUCCCUGAUCCUGCACCCUCGGGGCUGCUGCUCUCAGCACCGCUGGUGCCACGCCCUGCUGAGCAGGACCGUCGUCAGCCCAGAGCAGCCGUCCCGCAGCCACCUGGACGACGACGGGCUGACCCUGCACACAGACACCAUCCAGCAGAGGCUGAGGCAGAUCGAGGCGGGGCACCAAAUGGAGGUGGAGACUCUGAAGAAGCAGGUACAGGAGCUGUGGAGCCGUCUGGAGAAUCAGCAGCACACCAGCUCCCACCGGAUUAACGGAGAGCUAGGGGAUGAAGUGACCUCGAUGACAGACUCUGAAUUCAACCUGGACCCAAACUGUCUGUCUCGCUGCAGCACAGAACUCUUCUCUGAGGCCAGCUGGGAGCAAGUGGACAAGCAGGACACUGAGGUCACGCGCUGGUACCCUGAUCAUUUGGCGGCACAGUGUUACGGCUGUGAAAGCAGGUUUUGGCUUGCUACCAGGAAGCAUCACUGCAGUGGCAGGGAGCCUGUCCAGGAGGUCUGGAACUGCGGUAAUGUCUUCUGCGCCAGCUGUUGUGACCAAAAGAUCCCAGUGCCAAGCCAGCAGCUGUUUGAGCCCAGUCGGGUGUGCAGGAGCUGCUACAGCAGCCUCCAGGUCAGCUCCGUCCCCCUGGACCUGGAGCUGGAGAAGCCCAUCACAGCCAGCUCCAACUGAGGACCACCGCAGCGAAGCGCAGGAGAGCCGGGCUGAGCCGCCAGCCACUGACACGGACGCAUGCCAGCUACGCAGAAUGUCCCAUGUACUCGUGUGAUUGUGUGUGCUUGUUAGUGCGGCGGAGAAGGGACUGUAGGUCGAUACGCAGAGGGGGAUGUGCUGGCAACACGCCAAGUACUUUGUGUGUGUGUGUGUUUGUGUGCGAGUAAGAAAGGGUCCGCAGCAGCGAUGGAACUGCACGCCAAGUUCAGAGGAGCGAGAAUGGACUUCCUGGACCUUUGGGCCAGGCAUGCGGAGGAGGAGGUGAUCUCACUGUGUUUGCUGGUCAUGUGGAGGAAUUUUAGACGCCCCCCACUAGAGUUGUCCCCUGAGAGGUGGGAAGAAAAAGCAAAAGACUCCAUUAACCAUAAGGUUUAAACAAAAGUUGUUUUUCCUCAGAUGUUUAAAAGACGUCUGCGUCGCCAGCGCUGCUCUUCAUACUGGUGAUGCUGGGUGAAGGGAUCCAGCAGACCAGCCUGUCAGACGUUCUCAUCUACUUUUCUGUUGGCGACUAGUUAAAACGACCAAAAUGCUGAUGAGUUAGACUCUUACGGGUUGUUUUUCACAGCCCUCCAGCUAGAGACCCUGUAGUUUUAGAUGUUGGUGUCGGGCAGGGUGAGCUCCACCAGGGUUCAGACGGUAGAUCUGCUCUCGUUUGAUGGUUUCCUUGGAGAGCCUCUGGUUUCCAGACGCGGCUGCAACAGAAAGGGCUCUUCAUGUUCUCCCUAAGUCUGUAAAUCCACAAGACCAGUCACCAGAGAAGCCACGCCCGUUCUAUGACCUCCUCACGCACACGUCUUUGUAAAAUAAAUCAGUAAAAUAAUAUAUUCAGAUGUCUAUAUAUAGCAUUUAAGAAAACUGUAUAGAAUCAUCAAAUAGUGGCUCUCUUAAUAUGUCACAUUUUUUUAUUUCUUUGUUUUAGGUGAAUAAUUGCAGAGAACUAUAUUUUGCGACCGGUUGGAUCUGACGGAUGAUUGGUUUAAUAGAACAGCAGGUUUGUCCUGUUUUGAUGCUGCAGCGGUUUUCUCCUUUCAAUGCAAUCAUUACUGGGUUUUAUUUAUUCAAGCUUGCUAAAGUGCUGUUUCAAAUCCAGAUCUGAGACGAGAGGUGGUGCCGGGGGUGCUGCUCAUCGGCUGAUCCCUCAGGAUGAGGGGGGGGGGGGGGGGGGACUGGAGUUUUCUAUGCGCUGAGAAAACGGUGGUCCAAAACAAGCAGCCUGAUUCCAAAAUAAAAGCCUCCCUUUAGCUUACAAACAUCAGUCCAUCUCCAAACACUAGCUCUGCUUUUGUCCAGACUCAUUUUCUCUCUCUCUCUCUCUUUCACACACACAUGCACAUCUGACUUCUAGUAGCUUCUCAGCUUCAUGUCACAGACGGAGAGCCUUUGUUAUUGCUCAGUCCUCCAUGUUUCAGCUGAAUGAGAACCGGUUCCACACACCAACAGGUCAUAUUGUUAUGAUCACUUCUGAUGAAACUGCUCGUUUUUUAUCCAACAUCAUCUGCAGAUCCGUUACGAUUUAGGACAACUUUGGCCGCCAGCUGGAUGGACGACUCGGCACACCUGAGCUGUCUGACGGAGUGUGUGUUCCUGACACCUGGUGGUGGUUUUAAACAGCUGCAGUGGUGAGAAACACACCAACGGUCUUGGCCCUGUGAGACGGUAGAACAUGGACAAAAGCACUUAGCAGGAAGAAAACAUCUCUAAAGCUCAUGUGGGUUCAGACGUCGUUUCUACCCAUAAAGCACUUCUAGCUGAAUGAGAUGUGGGGCCAGAGCUCUCUGACUCUGCAGCCUUUACACCACCACCACACGGUCGCAGGGCACCACGCGCCUCUUUGCUCUUUGAUCCAUGAAUGUGAAUUGUUUCUAAAGAUAAAAGAUGUUUGUUUUUGUCAGUUUGCACAUUUAGUAGACACUGCCACAGAGCACUCUUCUGAACCUGCAGCUGAAAGUGUUUCAGAGUUGUGAGGGUGAUGAGGGCUGGUGCCGUGUGUGUCGGAGGCUCUGCUGAUGUCACACACACACACACAUUGCUGUGCUGUUGGUUUUUAAUCCCAUCCUUUAGAAGUUCUCUUGCUCCGCAAAUGUUGCAUUCUCAGCUUACACUGACAUUCUCUAACAGAGGCUUCUCUGCAGCGGCCCAGCAAUCGUCUGAUGUGUGUGUGUGUGUGAGAGUGUGUAUCUUUCGGUGGAGGCUGGUGCCAAGCAGCUGAUUACGGGUCUCUGAUGACGGGAUCAGGUGUGUUUUUGCUUGAUUUUUCCUCUUUGUUCCUCCUGUGUUGGAUCAGCACUUUGACCUUCUGAAGUCUCAGAGGAGUGUGUACAUAGCGGUUCCCUGUAACAAGUGCUCCUUGUUCAGUCUGAAUAUUUGGUUUUGUUGAAUUUACUUUACAGAGCAUUACCUUGUUGUAGAAUUAAAUGAAAUUAAACUAGAUCA